AUGAUACGCCCGCUUUCGAUCCUUAGGCCAAGCUCUCAAGGGCUUAACCAUCUUCUGACGGACAUCGGCAAGUCUAAGCGUCAGAUGAGUGCUCUGAUUGUUGGUGCAGGGCUAUGCGGUUUAGCGACAGCCAUUGGACUCCGUAAAGUAGGAAUCCGAGUCACGGUGCUGGAGAGGUCUAGUGAGCUUCGUGAGGUGGGAGCUGGUAUACAAAUCCCGCCAAAUGCUGCCAAUGCUCUCCAUCAGCUUGGAGUCUUUGAGUUAAUCAAAGCGGUUUCUGUGCAGCCUCCAGCUAUCACGCUGCGUUCAUAUACCGAUGGAUCCAUACUCCGCUCUCUCAACCUGAAAACUUGCACACGGACCUAUGGGUAUCCCUUACUUGUAACCCAUCGAGCUGAUCUGUGCAAGAUUCUAUACCAAAAAGCACUAGACGAUGGCGCCGAAGUACAGUUUUCCUGCGACGUCACGGAGAUUAAUUUCCAGAAACCGAGCAUCAGUCUCUCAACCGGAGAGUCAUUGACUGCAGAUGUUAUAGUUGGUGCGGAUGGUGCUCGCUCUGUCUGUCGAGAGAGGCUUCUAGGUCGAUCAGUCCCACCAAAAUCAACUGGUAAGUUGGUCAAGAGGAUUUGUCUGGAUAUGAGCCAGUUACGCCAGGAUCCACUUCUCCGGGAGCUUGUUGAGCCACACGGAAUCCACAUUUGGCUUGGUCCAUUGUCGCAUAUAGUCUGCUAUGGACUACAAGGAGUUUUCAACGUCGUGAUUAUCCAGCUCGGGCAUGACGGCACUAAUCUUGAUGUGCAAGAAGCAGACUUGGACAAAGUGCGUAUGGACUUCCAAGCUUGGGAACCGAGAGUGCAGAGAAUCAUUGAGCUUGCCAAAAGUGCUUUGCAGUGGCCUUUGCUUGACAGCUUUUUGAUCAAUCCAUGGACAAGUGCAGAAGGCAGCUUUGCUCUUGUCGGAGAUGCGGCAUGUACUGUUCUUCCAGCAAAGUCCGUUAACCCCGAAGUUUUUGACGAAGUAGAACUAAUUCCGCAAUCUGUUAGUGCCCAAGGUGCCGCUGUGGGCUUUGAGUCUGCCUUUAUACUCUCUGAGCUACUCUCCAGGGCUGGUAGCCGUGAUAACCUACCCGAGCUUCUUCAGGCUUACAGCGAAGUCCGAUGGCAACGGGCCUCGAGAAUUCGGGAGCUGAGUCAUUAUUCGCUACGAAUUCUAGAAAUGCCCGACGGUCCUGAGCAAGUUGAGAGAGAUGCUCAACUGCGAGGCAGCGAACUUCGAGGCAAUCCGUUCGUCUGGGCUGAUCCUGCGAUACAAUCGUGGCUCUGGGGGUUCGACGCGCAGAAUGAGGUCGACAAGUUGUGGGCAUCUAGUCAGUCUACAAAUGCAUAA